CCGAGCGCCCGCCUCGUCUCGAGCGCUACCAUAAAGAGAGCCGCGACCGACGCCGGCAAUUUACCCCAUAUCAAUUACUGUUCAUAGUGUCAUAAUACUGUGUUAGAACUGCAUGGUGCGAUGGAUUUUUAAAGUCAACGGACUGUCGGAGAGUUCCCAAGGAUUUUUGAAGUAAACGAACAAGAUACGGUCCCUGAUAUGAAAUGGGAAUUCGGGAACGGUGGAGCGCUUGCUGCCUGCUCGUAGUACUGUUUGUGAACCAUACUGGCAGCGACUGGACGAAAUGCGGGCACCUGCCAGACUGUCAAUGCAAAUGGUCGUCGGGGAAGAAAACAGCGUCGUGUGUAUCAGCGGGGCUAAAACAAAUUCCGCAUUUGGCGUCCGAAAUUCAAGUCCUCGAUCUACAUGGAAAUCCAUUAGGGGUAUUAGAACAAGACGCUUUCGCCAAAAUCGAACUAUUGAAUAUACAACGAUUAAAUCUCAGUGCAACACACUUACGUUCAGUGCACGCAGAUACUUUCAGAGAACUUCGAAUAUUAAUAGAGGUAGACCUCUCUCAGAACGAGCUGUUGCAACUGUCACCUGACACUUUUCGGGGCAACGACCGACUGAGGUUGUUGGUACUCAACGACAACCCGCUGAACUCACUAGUUGCCGAGCAGUUUCCCCCGCUGCAACAUUUGAAGAAACUCGAACUCUCCAGAUGCAAACUACACAGCAUUCACCCCUUUGCUUUUGCAAACUUGCGGGCGUUGGAAACUAUUCAUGUGCAUCAAAACUUACUCACGCAUCUCCAUCAAGAUACAUUCAACCUUCCGGUUUUGAAAACUUUAACAUUGUCGGAUAAUCCCUGGUAUUGUGACUGCAGACUGAGAAACUUCCACGAAUGGUUUUUAAAUGACAAUCGCAAUCUCGUUAAUGAGGAAGUGUUUUGUAAUGGACCAGAAAAUGUGGCGCAAAUAUCGUGGCGGUCUGUCAAGGGCGAAGAUAUGGUUUGUCCCCCAAUCGCUUAUUCGAGUCCAACGGUCAUUAGAACCGAGGCAGGGGCCGACAUAAGUUUCGGUUGCUUUGUUCGCGGCGAUCCAAUACCAACCGUAACUUGGUCGUUCCGCCAUUUUGAAAUUCAUAACAAUACAAGUCAACAUAGUGAAAUAUUAAUUCAAAAGUACCAAAGUGACUAUUUUGAUGAAUAUAGUGACGAUUUUAUAAACAAAAGUGCUCAGUGGAUCAAUGUGACCAUUACAAACGUAACGAGUGACUUAUCUGGUGAAUGGAAAUGUACUGCUAAGAGUUCCGCGGGUGAGUCUAAGGCUUACCUGACUUUGUUUCUGCCUAAAGCCCGAACAGCGACGGCACGAGUCGCCCCAGAUUAUUCCACAUUUAUCAUGGUAGCCGGUUCAAUGUUAGCUAUGACUGGUGUUGGGUUCAUAGCAGCAUGUGUGUGUUGGAAGACUAGACGUCGAAGAGUGCCACCAAGUAGAAGUUUCACUGACCAAGAAAAGAAGCUUCUAGACACAUCAUUGGCAGUCAGUUGUGAUAGAACUAGUGCCGAUUUGGGUUCAUCAUAUGGUUUUGAAAUGUUAGACAGAUCAAUGUCGAUGGAGAGUGAAGACACUCAGCGGUGUUUAGAGCCGGUGCAAAUAACAAUUGAAGGACCCCCAGGUACUUACCCUCCACCACCUGCAGAGUUCGCACUACCAGCUCCAUAUGGCAACAUAUUUAUAUCAGUCCAAGUUUCUGGUCAUAAUGAAGAAUAUCCAGAUUUAUUAGGAGGUGGUGCUACGUUACCAAGAAGAAGUAGAACAUGCUUUUUAAAAUCAACUUACGAUAAUAUGGGACCUAGAAUAACUGCAGCAGGCAGUUCUACAUGGUCCCUUCCAGGUGCCAAUGUUGAUAAUAAGAAUGUCGAGAAAGAUAUUCCCCUAACGAUGCCACUUUCAACGUUUUCUACUGAAUUCACAGCUUUGUAAAAAUAAUUCGUAAGGAUCACUAAUAUUUACUUAUUAUAAUUAUGUUUAUAUUUACAGCGUACGUUAUGUUUUGCAUUUUAACGAGUGAAUUGUAUUGAAUAACAUAUCAAUUUUGUAGUUAUAUAAUGGAUGGAGUUAAUAUUAAUUUUAUGUGAUCGUUGCAUUUAAUAAUAUAAUUUAUUAAGUAAAUUAUCUAGGACUGAAGUAGUUAGUAUACGAAAUACUCUUUUAAAUCCGUACCAAAAAGAAAAUAGUUCAAUAUAGUCCUUUUGACAUUGUGUUGAGUUACUAUUUGCACAGACAAUUUUGCUUUUUAAGAGAAAAAUUCUUAUAGAAUCAUAAGAUGUUGUACAAUUGAUUGUAUAUUUAUAUCUAUGCUCUUAAUAUUAGUCAUAUUUUAAGAUUUUUGAUCCGAUUGUUGCU